UAGGGAGCUGCAGCACACACACAAUUGGGCAAAGUGCUGUGAGAUCCCUGCCUACGGACAGGCACCUGUCAUGACAAAAUGGAAGUGCAGCCAGGCCAGCUACCAGCGGAAGGGUUCGAGCAGCUGAGGCUGAAGAGCCGACCCGAGCUCACCUCCACAUCUCUCACCCGAGUUGGUUCUAACGUGUACAGUACUGUUCAGCAACAUGACUAUUCUGCAAGUGUGUGGCUAAGAAAAAAGGACAAACUUGAACAUUCUCAACAGAAAUGCAUUGUGGUCUUUGCCCUGGUGUGCUGCUUUGCAAUACUGGUUGCCUUGAUAUUUUCCGCUGUGGACAUUUGGGGGGACGAUGAGGACGGAAUCACUGAAGACAACUGUAGCAAAAACUGUCGCAUUGUUCUUGUAGAGAACAUACCUGAAGACCUGUCCUGCUUGGACAAUGGCACUGUCCAUCUGUCUCUCUAUCAGGGCCUGCUCAGCCUCCUGGAUUCAGCUGAGAAGACAGUGGAAAUCGUAUCUUCUCACUGGGCCCUAAACAAUACAGACCCGGAACAGAGUCAUCCUUCAACCUGGCAGAGCAAGCAGCUGUUUAAAAGACUACGUGGUUUGCAGUCUCAUGAAAAAAAUCUGAAAAUAGCCAGUGAUCUAAAGCAGAAGGACUCUAAGGAAUUGAAAGAUCUAGAAGCCAGUGGUGCUGACAUACACUUUCUGAACAUGACAGCGUUAACCAGAGGCAAUCUGCGCUCCUCUUUCUGGGUUGUGGAUAAGAAGCACAUGUACAUUGGCAGUGCAAGCAUGGAUUGGCACUCCAUGGCACAGAUGAAAGAGCUUGGUGUUAUUAUCUACAACUGCAGCUGCUUGGUGCUGGAUUUGCAUAGAAUAUUUACCCUUUAUUGGCAACUGGAAUACAAAGACUUUGUACCAACAAAGUGGUCCAGGCGGGUGUUUGCUUUAUCCAGUAAAGUGGAGCCCCUCAAACUGCACCUCAACGACUCAAAGGCUGAGGUUUUUUUAUCAAGUUCUCCAAGCAUAUUUUGCCCUAAUGACAGAACAAAAAAUAUUGAUGCCAUCAACAGAGUUAUUUCUGGUGCCAAGAGGUUUAUCUACGUGUCCAUAAUGGACUACCUGCCUCUAGUCAACAUAAGUUCUCACAGUUCAGGAAGCACACAACCAAACAGAUAUUGGUCCCGUAUUGAUGAAAUGCUCAGAGAGGCUCUGUUAUUGCAUAACAUCAAAGUACGCCUGCUUAUAAGCUGCUGGAAACAAACGCAUCCCUUAACUUUUAACUUUGUUUGGUCUUUGAAGACCCUCUGCACCGAGAUACCGGACUGCAGUUUAGAAGUGAAAUUUUUCUGCCUGACAGAACAGAAGAAUGCUACUUUUCCUAAAAUUAAUCGAAACAAAUUCAUGGUGACUGACCGAGCAGUUUAUAUUGGAAACAACGACUGGAUUGGAAAUGACUUCACUUACAACACAGGUGUAGGUCUUGUCAUCAGUCAAGCAGAGGCAUCGUCAAACUCCACAAUUGUUGAGCAACUAAAGGCUGUGUUUGAACGGGACUGGUACUCCCGGCAUGCCAAAAGUUUACAAGCAAAUAAGAUCCCUGAGUGCAUUAAGCAAAAAAUGAAACACCCAGCAGCUCUUAAGGUCCCUUAAGACAAUGGGGACGGGAAAGACAUUUUACAAAAAUUAAGACUUGCAUUGACUGGAUUUCACGUCUAUUACCAGAAAAAAAGAAAAGGAAAGAAAGCUAUUUUUAACAUGUGUCUUUUUCCAUAGUGAGGAUUUGCAUUUUCACUUUUGGCAUCCAUUAUUUAAAAUAUGUUUUAAUUUAUGGUAUUGCCACAUAAGACUGGAACUCUGCAUGUGCUGUAGAAGACAGGCAGUCAUGCUGUUUCUUUGUUUUCCUGUCAACAUCAACCAUAGAAAGGACCCCAGGAUAUCUGUGGCCAGCCAGAAUGGAGUGUAGGAAAUUGAUCCUUCCAGUUUUGGUAGCAAGCGGUCUACUGCAUAUUAUGCAGAGAACAUUGGUGUGAUUUGCAGUGCAUUUCAGUUCUUUAUAUUCUAUAUUUAGAUACAACUGAAGAGAUAUGGAAUUAUGGCCUCGACAACUGCAAAGUUUUCUUACUCAAAGUCUGUUUUAUAUCUUAUCUGUGGUGCUGCAAUGUAAAAGAUACUUCAAUUUAGCAGAACAAAUAAAAUGGAGGAGGGUCGGAAGCGCUUGGUUCUUUUUUAAUGAAGUACAGUACAUAAGCUAUAUCUUUUUUUGAAGUUUAUUGAACAUGUGAGCACCACAGGAGGUCAUGACCCCACACCCUCCCCAAAAGGAAGGUGGUGGAAUUGUGUGCCAUUGUGAAGUGAUAACCUGGAAUUUUACAUAUACUGUCUUAAUCCAGUCUACAUAAUCUUAAUUAGAAGGGGAUAAAAAGCAUACUUAUUGAUAUUUUCAUAAAAAAAGAACACAGGGUACAUUGAUUUGUCAAAAGCAAUUACUUAACAAAGUUAUCAAAUGCAGCAUAUAAAAAGGCAUCAUAAAGUAAAUCAUUACAAGAUUCGCAUGUCUCAUGACAAAAAAAACAAUUGAUUACUUUUGUAACUAUUUCAUUACAUGCAAAUAUAAUACAGUUUAUAAAAACAAUUUAUGGUAACUGGUUUUAAUGUAACAAUAGAUUUUAAUUAAUCAAUGUUUUAUCGAUCUUUUAUGAACUUUAUAAACUAAUCCAUAUUUCAUAACAUCCUUUGCACAAUUGUUACUAAAGAUGGGAUGGUUGUGUGGUCUGUUCAACUGAUUUAAUUGAAUUAAAGAGCAUGUCUUAUUAUAGUGUAUUUCUGUAAAAAUGUCAGAGAAGGUCCUAUUUUAACAAUGUAAACUACAGUGCUAUUUAGAUCAAUUGAAUAAUUCUCUUUGUAUUCUUUGUUAAAAAUUACACAUCAUCUUAAUAGUUCCAGUUGCCCCUUUCUCAUACCCUUGCUUUGAAAUGGCAUGUAUCUAAACCCCUCUUAAUAGUUCUCUUGGUUUAAUGAACCUAAUUAAACAACUCGCUUGCCUCUCAAAUUCUUGGCUUUAUACAUUCAUAUAUAUUGCAGCCCCUGAAAUAACAUCAAUGUGGCCAUGAAUUGCAUUUUGGUGCAAAUCUGGGAUCAAUGAUUGCAUUUUUUGUAUUUAUUUUUUUAUUAAUUUUGAUUUUUAAAUGACUUUUUUAGUUAAUGUUAAAAAAUAAGAAAAUACAAACUUGAUGGAGUUUAAUAUCAAAGUACCAGGUUUCUAAAAUUCUUUUGUAUUACCGAAUGAUAUGCUUCAGUGGACGUUUAACGUAUUUAUUAAACUUUCCAGUUAGUAUUGAUAGUUCACAUAGACAACAUUAGACCCUUCCAAGUUUUAGCAGACCUUAUAUAAAAGAAAUGCCUUCACCAUUAUGAUAUCAUUAUUGUUUUGUUUUUGUCUUACAUUUGCCUAGAAAUACUCAUAUAGUAUGAGUCAAUUUUUCUUCUAAAAAUGGCUUCAAUGGGUGCAGGAGAAUCAAAGAUAGCAUAUUUCACUUUUUGGGGUGAAGGGAGGCAGUGGGCUGCAAAUGAACAUCAACACAAUGAAAGAUAGACAAUUGUUUUUUUAUUAAUAGGUUACUUUUUAAUUUGUAGAGUGACAACACUGUGCUAUGUUUUCAGGGUAGCUCCUUCUCUCCAACAUACAUUUUGAAACUUAAUUGCUGAGUUAAACAGAACACAGCCUUUAAUUUAAUGCUGUAAAAGGAGUUUGCUGUCCUUUUAGUGGGACACAUUUCCCUGGCAUAUGAAAACUAUAGUGUUCUCAGACAUUACAUGCAAUGUACAACUAGACUUUGUAAUACAGUAAAGUUUAUCCUGUAUCAUCCGUCUGAGGUGCAAAAAGAGUAGUCUUUGUAUAACUUUUCUUAUCUGACAACCAGCUGUUUUUAUCUUUGCAAACUAGGAGGUGUCCAAAGCCAAACACUGCACAAAGGUCUUUUAUUUUUAAUAUACGGUAUACAGACAAGUACAAUACACUGUUUUUUGUAAUUGAACACAUUAUGGCAUGUUUUAUACUGCAUGAAGUGCAUGAGCAUAGUGUGAAAUGCACUUUGAAUGAUGAAUGUUUGGCAAUGUCUUUGCAGAUCUGCACCAACUGAUUUGUGCAUGCAUAAGAAAGCAUGACAGGGUACCAGGGGAUAACAAUAGUUGCAGAUACUUCCAAAGGGAAAGAUUUACAUAGGCAUUGUCUUCUUAUUCAGUCGUUUGUUUUAUAGAAUUUUGGUUUACUAACAUUAUACAAUAUAUCCUUAUAUCAUGUACAUAAUGACUACAAACAAAUUGUUUUGCGCACUUGUAUAUCCUAGUAGAAGGAUAUGUAUUAAUACUGACCCCUUUGCUAAUGGGAGAGCAAUUCCAGUCCCUUGGGCUUGAUUACAUAUCAAUUUCUAUAAACAGAGGAACAAUUUCUUGAAGAAUCAGCUUUGAUUGAAAGGCAUGUAUCUGCUGUUUAUAUCCAGUCUGAAGAACAAGUUGGAAACACAGUAAUAAUUCAAAUUAUCAUGUUGACGUGUACCAUAGCAACAAGCCUAAAUCAUUCACUUCUUUUUUGCCUCCUAGAUGCAUAUAUACAUGUCCAAUUAAAUGCAAUAUUAGCUUUAUAUCUCUUUUGUUUUGCUAUAAUUUUAAAAGUACAUACAGCUGGGGGCAGGUGGCUGUAGUGUUACUCUGUUGAGGGGAUUUUAAGGUGUGUUGAUCAUUCUUUUUAUGUAAAACUGUAUGGAUGUAAAAGCUUUUGUUGUAAUACACAUUGUUCCCAUUGAAAAAUUGUGAACUUUCUUCAAAAUAUGGGCAGUCCAUCUUUGUGACAAUAAUUACUUUGUAAUUAGUAAUUAUAUGGAAACUACAAUGUGAUUUAUGUAACUUAUGUAAUUGUUUUAUCAUCAUCACUACAAUAGAACCCCAAAGUUAUAAACACAUAGGGAAUGGACAAUGUUUAUAACACUUAAAUGUCUGUAAAUCUGAAUUUUUUUUCAAGAAUGUAAUGUAUGUGUACUGUAUACAAAUACAAAACAACAAGCCAGGAUAGCUAUGUUUAACUAGCGAAUGCACAGCAUCGGAUUGGUAGUCUUUUAAAGUAGCCAGGAGCCCUGUUUCCAGUUACAAGUGCUGUGAUCCAUUGACUGGUAGUUUGUACGUGUUGAGUUCAUAACUUUGUGGCUCUGCUGUACUAAGGAACUGACAUUACCAUGUAAUUAAGGAAUAACAAAGUUAACUUACAGAACACAAAACUAAAUAAUUACCUAAUAACAGUAUACUAACUUGAUAUUUACUAUGUAGUUCCCAAACAAUUAUUCAUGAAUAUUUGGAAAAGUGUUCACACACUUGCUGAAAAUCCCUUUACUAUUUGUAUUACUUAAAGAUGAGCUAGAUCAGCAAUGCUUUGGAAGGUUAAUAGCUGCCACCUUAUGGUUGAUGUACGCAUGGAAAUAGUACCACUGUAACAUUUGCUCUUCUGUAUUGAGAAUUGUUUCUAUUCCUUUAUAAAGCCUAUGCACUGUAAAUGCUUUAAUACAAAAUGAUUGAAUACACAUGUUUCUAUCAAGCAUGCUACCAGUUUGUGUGGUCUGCUAUUAAUGAUAUGUAACCUUACUGUUGAAUUAUUUUGCAGUAAUUAUAAAAAUGCAGAUG